CUCAAAUGGUGCUCCGCGUCGAGAUCUGAGAGAGAGAGAGAGACUUCCUCCCGCCUCCACCCCCAACCCCAACCCAGCCCGGCGCGAUGAUGGCCGCGCCGCCAGCCUCCCCGUCGUCGCGAUCGCGCCACGGCAAUGCCGGUGGCGGCGGCAGCACGACGUCGACGAUGCUGCCGGGCCCGGCGAGCCGCAGCAACGGCGGCUGCAUCGACCUCAGCACGUCGGGGCUCCUGGCGCACGGGGCCGGGAGCAGCGUCGUCGUCUCGGACCCGCGGUCCAUGCAGCUCCUCUGCGUCCUCCCCAUGCCCUCCCCCACCACCCCUACCUCCCUCGCCUCCUUCGUCACCGCCGUCCGCUGGGCGCCCCCCGCCAGCGAGCCGUCCCUCGCCGCCGCGGGCGAGGACGACGACGACAGCCGCCCGCUCCGCCUCGCCGCCGGCGACCGCCACGGCCGCGUCGCCGUCUGGGACGCCCGCGCGCGCGCCGUGCUGCACCUGCUCAACCUCGACGAGUCCCGCGGCGUCGCGCCGGGCACCGCGGGGGGUGUCCAGGACCUCUGCUGGAUCCACCACGCCUCCGGUUGGCUCCUCGCCUCCAUCCACGGGCCCUCGCUGCUCUGCAUCUGGGAGACCAGCAACAACCCGCGCGUGCUCUGGAUGUUCGACGCCUCCCCCGAGUACCUCUCCUGCCUCCGCCGCGACCCCUUCGACGACCGCCACCUCUGCGCGCUCGGCCUCCGGGGCUUCCUCCUCUCCGCCGUCCCGCGGCACGACUCCGACAUCUCGCUCAAGGAGCACCGGAUAGUCUGCGGCGCCGGGGACGUGGCGGAGCUGCAGAGGCUGGAGAAGGAUAUAGCAGCGCCCGCGCCAGCCCCCGCGCUCGCGGCUUUCCCGCUGUUUGCGGCCAGGCUCUGCUUCUCCCCGCUGUGGAGACACAUCAUAUAUGCCAUGUACCCGCGGGAGCUCGUCGUCUUUGAUCUUAACUACAGCACUGCGCUCUCUGUUGCUUCAUUGCCCAGGGGGUUCGGGAAGUUCUCGGAUGUUAUGGCCGAUCCAGACCUCGACCUGCUCUAUUGCACGCACGCUGAUGGCAAGCUGAGCAUCUGGAAGCGCAAGGAGGGUGAACAAGUGCAUUUGUUGCAUGCAGUGGAAGAGCUCAUGCCUUCAAUUGGUACCGUUGUUCCUCCCCCGGCCGUUCUUGCUACUACGAUCUGGCAGUCAGAGUCUAUUUUCCAUAACAUCGAGAAACAAUCUCAGGAUUUGGCACAAAUGCAAUCUUCACAGUCUAUCAUCUUUGAUACAAGCUUGAACCAGAACAUGUAUCAAGGGAAGACGACAUAUCUAACGUCGAUAUCCGAAGAUGGCAAGAUCUGGUCUUGGCAUUUGACUUUUGACAAGUCAGCAUGCUCCAAGAAAAUUAAUCUAGGUACAUCGAACCAUAGUGAUGCUGGAAUUUCCAAUCCACGCUCCAAUGGACUUGAUUUUACAAUAAAGAUUAACUUGAUGGGCCAGCUUCAUCUUUUGUCCUCUACUGUGACUACUCUAGCUGUGCCAUCCCCUUCUUUACUUGCCACUGUAGCCCGUGGUGGAAACAAUCCUGCUCCAGCAGUACCACUUGUUGCUCUAGGAACUCAGAAUGGGACUAUUGAAGUUGUCGACGUAUUGGCUAAUGCAGUUUCUGUCAGCUUUGCUGUUCAUAGCAGCACAGUCAGAGGAUUAAGAUGGCUUGGAAACUCACGGCUUGUUUCUUUCUCAUAUAAUCAGGUUAGUGAUAAAACGGGGGGAUACAAUAAUAAGCUUGUUAUCACAUGCCUAAGAAGUGGGCUAAAUCGCUCGUUCCGUGUACUCCAAAAGCCUGAGCGUGCACCAAUAAGAGCAUUGAGGGCUUCUUCAUCUGGAAGGUAUCUUCUAAUUCUGUUUCGUGAUGCUCCUGUUGAAGUGUGGGCUAUGACAAAGAACCCCAUGAUGCUUAGAUCCUUGGCUCUUCCUUUUACGGUGUUAGAAUGGACACUGCCAGCUGCACCUCGACCAAGUCAGAAUGCAGCAUCUAAGCAAUCGUCUAGCUCCAAGGAACGAUCAGGAGAGGCUACAGCUGCAGAAAGUUCUGAUGAAACGGCUGAAAGUUUUGCUUUUGCAUUAGUCAAUGGUGCUCUUGGUGUGUUUGAAGUGCAUGGACGGCGAAUACGAGAUUUCAGGCCAAAAUGGCCGUCAUCAUCAUUUGCGUCUUCAGAUGGUCUGGUUACUGCUAUGGCUUAUCGCCUUCCCCAUGUUGUGAUGGGGGAUAGAUCAGGCAACAUUCGAUGGUGGGAUGUUACAACGGGCCUUUCUUCUUCUUUUAGCACUCACAGGGAAGGCAUUAGGAGGAUAAAGUUUUCUCCUGUUGUGCACGGAGAUCGAAGUAGAGGACGCAUUGCUGUGCUCUUCUAUGAUAAUACAUUCUCUAUAUUUGACCUGGAUAGUGCAGACCCCUUGGCAAAUGCCCUUCUCCAUCCACAAUCUCCUGGCACACUCGUAUUGGAGCUUGAUUGGUUAUCAACCCGAACAAGGAAGGAUGACCCACUUGUAUUAUGCAUUGCUGGAGCUGAUAGUAGCUUCCGACUGGUUGAGGUUAACAUUGAUACCAAGAAUUCUGGUCCUAAGGUGCUGACUGCAAAAGAGAGGUUUAGGCCAAUGCCAUUAUGCCUACCAAUACUAUUUCCAACUGCGCAUGCUUUGGCUUUGCGUAUGAUUCUACAACUUGGUGUGAAGCCCUCUUGGUUGGAAUGCAAUAAUAGUGAUAAAUUAGCCAGUAACAGCUUUAAUGCAGCACAGGCAACCUUUGGAGAUCUCCGUAGUUACAUGAUUGAAACAGCACUUCCUCCUAUUGGUGAUUCUGUAGUUGCUGAGUUGCUGCUUAAAGUGUUGGAGCCAUACAGAAAGGAGGGUUGCAUCCUUGAUGAUGGAAGAGCCAGAUUAUAUUCGGCUAUAGUAAAUAAGGGAGCAUAUGCAAGGUUUGCAUUUGCUGCUGCAAUUUUUGGUGAUUUCCAAGAAGCACUUUUCUGGUUACAGCUUCCACAAGCCCUUCACCAUUUCCUGGAUAAAUCAACAAGUAGAUCAAGUGAGAAGGCCUUAGACUCAAGUGUGCAUCCUGAUUCUGAACAAACCUCCACAUUAAAUAGGAUAGCUUCAAGCGAAAGGUCUGCAGCCAGAAAUGUGACCAAAUAUAAUGCGAAUUAUGGGCAGUUAAGUACAAUGGCAUUUAAACAAGAACACUUGUGGUUCAAUGCAAAUGAAAGGAUACCUUGGCAUGACAAGCUUGAUGGUGAAGAUGCUUUGCAAAAGCAUGUUCAUGAGCUUGUCUCUAUUGGAAAUUUGGAAGCUGCGGUGUCCUUGCUACUUUCAACACCUCCUGAAGGAUCAAAUUUUUACCCUAAUGCACUAAGAGCAGUUGUACUGUCAUCUGCAGUGUCAAGAUCUUUACAUGAACUUGCAGUGAAGGUUGUUGCAGCCAAUAUGGUUAGAACAGACAAAUCACUAUCUGGCACACAUUUACUAUGUGCUGUGGGGAAAUAUCAGGAAGCAUGCUCUCAGCUUCAAGAUGCUGGUUGCUGGAUUGAUGCUGCAACUUUGGCUGCUACUCAUUUGCAUGGAUCUGAUUAUGCAAGGGUAUUGCAGAGGUGGGCAGAUUAUGUUCUUCGUGGUGAACAUAAUAUGUGGAGAGCUCUAGUACUAUAUGUUGCUGCUGGAGCACUACCGGAGGCUUUAGAAACACUCCGCAAGAACCAGCGACCAGACACCGCCGCGAUGUUCUUGCUUGCCUGCCAUGAGAUCUAUUCACAAUUCACCUCAGAGUCCGAGCCCGCUGCUGACACGCCAGGAUCGGCACCGGAACGGAGCCAGAAGCUCCUGUUCCCUUCCAAGAAUGUGGAUGACGAGGAGCUGAUCGCAGUCAGCGAGGUCUUUGGGCAGUACCAGCAGAAACUGGUCCAUCUUUGCAUGGAUAUGGAACCAACUGUCAAUUGAGCCUCUUGACAUCAUUCUAUUCAUGCCUGCGAUGUUCCUUUCUGGAUGAUUGGCAAUAUCCGAGACCAAAAGAGACCAAAAAAGCCCCUGGUUUGGUCUAUUGCUGUAACCGUAGACAUCUCCUAUAUAGCGGGGAAAGCAUCUUGUCAGGAUGUGUGAGCUACUGGGAGUUCAGGAUGCUGAACAGAGUGUGUUGUGUGGUACGGUACCGAGGCUGAUUUUUGCGUUGCUGGUGUGGCAUUGCUCUUGGAGAAUCCUACAGGGCAAAUGGAUACAUAUAUGUAAUUGUUUGUAUUUUAGGGGACAACGGCUGUUGCUGUCUUUUUUGCAUGAGACGUGUAAAUUUAUGGGUUGAGUUGAGUGUGUUGAUGUGCAGAGUUGACUUAUAUACCAGGUUUAGCAGAGAUUACUGCACCUUUUUCGCA